AUGGAAUCCAUGAAGCUCGUGAGCCCAGAGAUGUUUGCAAUUAUCUUAGUAGGAUCGCAGUUGGGGCUCGGAGAGAUGGAAGGCGAUCGAGGGCUCGUAGUUGGAGGCUCAGGAGGCGGGAGGCUGCCGAGGGCUCAUGGUCGGGGGCUCGAGGAGGUAGGAGGCGGUCGGGGGCUCAGGGAGAAGGGAGGUGGCCGCGGUCUUGCGAUUGAGGGCUUAGGGAGGCGGGAGGCAGCUCGUAGUCGGGGGCUCGGGGGGGCGGAGGCAGUUAAGGGCUUGCGACCGGGGCUUGGGGAGGUAGGAGGUGGCUGGGGGCCUAAGGAGGCGGUCAGGGGCUUGGGGAGGCAGUCGGGGGCUCGGGACUAG